GUGAGUCGACGAAAUCGGACGUGUGUGUUGAGUCUCUCCGACUUUCCGCGUUUUCCGCGCUCAAAAAGAUACUUUCAAAAAGAUACAUCGCUUCACGCCGCAAACAGUUCGUUCAGAUCGCCGCUGCAAAACGCAAAAAACACCUUAAAUGCCACAAACGCACGUAAAUUACCAAAAAUCAACCCUUUAAAAAAAACGUGUAAACAGCUGUGCAUAGCUCGUUAAAAUAUAUUGUUUAUAAUCUCCGGGAUGCCAAACGGCUGAUAAAAAUAUUUACCGAGGGUGUUUGUGUUUUUUUCGCAAGUACCCCUUGCCACCCGCGAAUUUUUGCCCAAAUGGGCGUGGGAAUUCCGGCGUGCCUGUAUGAAUGUUUUGUGUAUAACAUGGAUAAAAAAGAAUUUCGCAGGUAAAUCCUUCACCAACAAAUAAUCGUGUUAAGAAAAAAAGUGAGGAAAAGUGACGGAAAAGUCAAUGAAAGAAGGAUAAAGUAUUAGUCAUCGCUGGCAGCGACGUCGACUGCGCAGUCGACAGCGCAUCCUGACUGCGCUGGUGUGUGCGUGUGUGUGUGUCUCUAUUUUUGAAUUACUGCCGGUUUUCGCACAAUAACAACAACAACAACAAAAGCAACAGUAGGAGAGCCAAACAACAACAACUUGUGACGCCUUUGGAUCCCUGUCCCUAAAAAGAGCGAGCAGGAUGGAGCGUAAGUUUACGCGCGGUUUAAAUAAGCUCGGCUCAGCGGUGCAGAUGAGGGAGAAUGUCUCUCAGUUGGUGCGAGAGAGCGCAGUAUUGAUGAACUGCACGGGCCGCUAUCAGCGUAGUAGCCUCUCCAUCGCGAACAAGCCUCUUGUGGUGGAGCCCAUCGAUUUCGAAGCCUUUAUAGCCAAAAAUAAAACUGUUAUCCAAAAUGAUCCGCAGAGGGAGCUACUUAUAUAUCCCGCGGAUGAUGUCUCGGAGAUUAUCAUGCCGCGAAAGCAGCGAACCAAUGCCAAAUCCGUGGCCGACAGAUUCGAUCCCCCCAACGAGGCGAUCGUGUGUCCCCUCCAUGGUCCCUCCAUAAUGGGGAAUGGAAAUGGGCACAGUCAGGUGAGUCGACAGGGGAGCAUUCAGUCGAAUGGGAGCCACCACAAUGGAAAUGGCAAUGGACACACCAGCAGCAGCAGUAGCAGCAGUUUGACCAACUCCAAUGGACACGGCCAACUCUCCAGGAAGAGUUCGCAGUGCUCGAAUGGAUCGUCCAGUCACAAGGAUACCUCGUAUGAGUCGGCUCUGUCCUCGAUUACACUGCGUUCAAACUUGGCCAUGCCGGAGGAGGUGGAUGAGUUUGCGGAUGAUGGGCACAGCGAGGACAUAGUGGACGGACUUGCUCACGGAUCGAGGGCGGAAUGCACCAGGUUCACGCGACAAGCUCUGUACACCUACAGGGCCAAGAAUCAUUUGAUUCACUAUAAAUACAAUGCAUAUGGUGGCAGCUGCCAUGAUCUGCCCAGUAUUUCUCCUGCUGAGGAAUUGCUGGAGGAAGUCUACGAAAUCGAUGCAGAUCAGGAUCGGAUAGACGAGCAAAUGACUCGCUCCCAGGCGGACACCAUUACCAAGCAGGGUUAUCUCCUCAAAGGUCCCGAUUCGGCCUCAGAUCGCAUGUUUGCCAACAUUGGCAACAAGUCCUUUAAGCGUCGCUAUUGCUAUCUGCGACAGGAGAUCGAUGGCACCUACAUAUUGGAACUGCACAAGGACGAAAAGCAGGGCGAAGCUAAGGCCACCAUAGUCAUGGACUUUUGCACCGAUGUGGUGCAGAAUCCCAAACGUGGUCGCUUUUGCUUCGAACUCCGCAUGACGACUGGCCAUAAAUCCUUUACCCUGGCCGCCGAGAACGAGCAGGACUUCAAGGACUGGCUAAGCAAAAUCAACUCGGUGUUGGCCCAGAAUCGCGCCCAAGAGGAGAAAAGAAAUGCUUCGCUGGAGCGCCAGCCAUCUGUCGGUUCGAGUCCAAGUCCCCAGCUUCAGGCGCCAGCAAUGGAACCCCCAACCUUUGGCACUCUCAAGGGUCUGGAUCAAUCCCUGCACCCCCAGUUGAUGAAGUACGGAAGGGAAACGGAUCACUCGAUUGCUUUGGCCAGAAGGGAACAACGCCGCCGCUUAUUUGCCUGCUAUCAGUCGCCGGCCAAGAGCAGUGGUAGUGAUAAUGUCGAACAGUAUCGGGAACACUUUGGCACACGGCUACUGCUCACCUGCCACAGCCUGCGCUUCCGGCUGCAGUGCAUCCCGCAGGACGAAGGCUCUGCUGGUGGAGUCGAGCAGCAAGUGGAACCUUACAUCACCAGUCUGGCCUUGUACGAUGCCAAGGCGAAUCGGAAGUUGAGCGAGAACUUUUACUUCAACGUGAAUGAGCAGUGGGCUGCCCAGAUGCUACCGAAUACUCCAGUUCCUUCAUCUGUGGCUGGCUGUGGAGUUCCUAGAAAGUCGACGGAGGGCGAUGAGAGGAGCACCGCCUCCCAGGCACCUCACUCCCUAUUCGAUGGCGUCUCUGCGGACUUGCUACGCUCGAAUCGCCAGCAAUUCCAGCAGUUGAGACAGUGUGUGCUUUCAGUGACUGCUCCACAUGCAGAUAUCUAUUUGGUGGUGCGAGUGGAGAAACUGCUGCAAUCGGGAAUUGCACAGGCUGCCGAACCCUAUUUAAAAGCUGGAAAGGAUCCCAAACUGGGUCAGAAAGUGUACAAGGCGGCCAAGAGUUGUGCCCAGCACAUUGGGCACUAUAGACAGCCCUUUGCCUGGGCAGCCAGACCACUGUUCAAGCAAUACAGCCACGAACUGGAUGUAGAUCCCAAAAGGGAGUUCGAAUUCAGCCCGAUUUAUCGCCAGGAAUUACCCAAACUGAGGGACGAUGAGCUGCUCAAGCUCUUAGUCGACUAUCGUAAGCCCGAGAAACUGAGCAAACUAACCAUCAUUCCCGGUAGCCUCAAAAUGCAGAUGCAGUUCCUCGAUCAGACCACACCCUGUGGCUUGAGCAAAUCACUGGCUCCCUUGUCCACCUUUAGUCCAAAUUCCAAGCAAUCGCCCACCAUCGAGUUGGCCGAAUUUCAGAGCCAGAGUGAACGGGAUGCGCACAGGGAUGCACAUCCCUAUACAAGCUUCUGUAACCACUUGUAUGUGUAUCCACUGAGCUUGCAGUUCGACAGUCAGAAGUUGUUCUCAAGGGCCAGAAAUAUUACGGUGGUGGUGGAGCUGCGGGAUGGCGAUGGGGAGUACAGUAAACCUUUGAAGUGCAUCUAUGGUCGUCCUGGGCAGGAUCUUCUAGUUUCCCAGAUAGCCUGUCCGGUGCUGCAUCACAAUGUGACACCCACGUGGUACGAGGAGAUCAAGCUGCGUCUUCCCUUGGGACUGUUUCCAGAACAUCACCUGCUCUUCUCCUUCUACCAUGUGUCCUGCAAUCUGAGCAAGAAGCGGGAUGCUCAUGCAGCCUUUGAGACGCCCAUUGGUUAUGCCUGGUUGCCAUUGCUGCAGAAGAAUCGAAUCUGUUUGGAGGAACAGCAACUCCCGGUGGCUGCCACACUGCCCGUGGGCUAUCUUUCCAUUCAGCCCUUGGGAUGGGGCAAGGGGCAGAACUGCGGUCCGGAUAUCCAGUGGAUCGAUAACCAGAGGAAUCUGUAUACGGUGGGAUUGCGGCUGGACUCAACGGUUCUCACGGCGGAUCAGCAUUUGCAUAACUUUUUUGGACAUUGUGAGAGAUUGCUGGAGGGAGGAAAAACCGGAGCAGUGCCGGCGGAAACGGAAACGUGCAAGAUCUUGAAAGCAGCCCAUGCAAUUGAUAUGAAAUCGCUGAUCAACUAUCUACCCACGCUCCUGAACGAGCUGUUCACCUUGCUGGUUCACACUCAAUCCGAGGAAAUAGGCCUGAAUGUAAUCCGGCUGAUUACAAACAUUAUCCACUUGAUAAGCGAUCAGGCUAAGAGGGCCGAUCUUUUGGGAGCCUAUGUAAAGUACGUGUUCCACGCACCCUACUACAGCCAGCAGACAGCCAGGCAGAGGACUGUCCAUGGAGAGCUUUGCCGGCACUUGCCGUACCUCCUGAAUCCCAGCAAUCCCGAUUUUCUGAUCGUCAACAAGUUCAUGCGAUACUCCGCGAUAUUCUUCGAUCUGAUUGUGAAGAGUAUGGCGCAGCAUUUGUUGGCCACUGGGAGAAUUCGAAUGCUGCGCAACGAGCGUUUUCCCAAAGAAUAUGCCGAUCGGGUGGAGCAGUUGAUCAAGGCAUUAAUGCCCUACAUAACCACCCGAUUCGAGGACUUGGGUGAGGAAACGCAUCUGCUGAAUCGCUCUCUGGCCAAAUUCGUGCGCCAGUGUCUGAGUUACAUGGACAGAGGAUUUGUCUUCCGCUUGAUUCGCUGCUAUAUGGGAGAGUUUGCGCCUGGCAAUCCUCGCAUACUGCAUGAGUACAAGUUCAACUUUCUGCAAGAGAUCUGCCAGCAUGAGCAUUAUGUGCCACUCAACCUGCCGUUUGUGUUGAAUCCGAAGAACCGACCUCCCGAGAUGAUGCAGCACUUCACACUUUCCGAACAGUUCUGCAGGCAGCACUUCCUGUCGGGUCUUCUACUUCAGGAACUGAAGUGCAGUCUCAAUGAAGUGGGCCACGUGAGGCGACAUGCGUUGGGCAUCUUCAAGGAUUUGCUGGCAAAACACGAGUUGGACAACCGAUAUCAGCAGAGGGGUCAACUCUCGAGGAUUGCCCUGCUCUAUGUUCCUUGGCUGGGUGUUGUGAUGGACAACAUCCACCGGAUUGAUGAUCUAUCCGAGUCUGGCGCUUGUACCCCCAAUGGACAUGUUUAUGCGGACUCGGCUUCCUAUGCCAAGCGAUUGAGUUGCUCCAGCAGCUAUGUGUUUAGCAAGGACUCCUCCACAUUUGGCUCCCUGACGUCCACUCCGCGCUCGAAGAACCGCCUGACCCUGCAUUGCGAUCAACCGAGUCCAUAUCGCACCUCGGUGCACAUGAAGGAGCACAACUAUUUGGCCGCCAUUGCUGGGCAACCCAUUAGCAAUGGCAUCUCGAAUCUCUCGUUAAAUUCAAACACGGAUUCGGGACACUCUCAGGACACCACCACAAUUGGUGCCUACACCAAUGGGGAUGCGGAUGUGGGACUGCGCAAUGGACACAAUCGUUCAGUGAGCGUUACCCACGCACAGAUCCUCUCGCGUUGCGACAAGUUCAGCUCGGCGGAGAGCAAGGACCUCCUGCUGGGCUUCCUGUUCAUCAUCAAGCACCUUUCGCAGGAUCAAAUGGUGGGCUGGUGGCAGAACUGCAACGAAUCCGAGACACUGCAGUUUCUCUCCAUUCUGGAUCUCUGCCUGCUGCAAUUCCGCUAUGUGGGCAAGAAGAGUGUGGUGAUAACUCCGGACACGCGUCAAGGACGUUCGGCCAAGGCCAACACCCUGCCAGCGAGGACGCAACCACCUACAGGUUUGGAAAAUGGCCACCAGGAGCUGCAGCCAAAUAGUGGAACUUUAAAUCAAACCAGGGAACAUCUACUAGAGGACAUGGAUACACUGGCUAAGAGUCAAUUGGCCCUCUAUGAAUCCAAUUUGGCCACUGAGGUGGGCAUGAUUAUAUUGGACUGCCUGGGUAUGUAUGUCCUGCAGUUCAGACAACUCCUGGCAGACAGCCUAAUCCUGCCCAAGUUGGCCAGAGUUUAUCUGAGAUUCCUGCAGUUGGGCCAAUCGGAAAGACUCUCGAAACACGUCUUUGCUGCUUUAAGGGCUUUCAUCAACAACUAUGCCGUGGCGUUGUUCAAGGGCAAUGCCAUGUUGUGUGGUCAGAUGGUUUAUGAGCUCCUGAAAGCCUGUGACAGUCGCCUGGUGGAGAUUCGUCACGAAUCUUGUGCUGUUUUAUAUCUUCUCAUGCGCAGUAACUUCGAGUUCAGCGGUAGAAAAGCUCUAACCCGUGUACACUUGCAAGUUAUUAUCUCAGUGUCGCAGAUGAUUGGCAAUGUGAUUGGCCUGAACAAUGCCAGAUUCCAGGAGAGCUUAUCCAUCAUCAAUAGCUAUGCAAAUAGCGACAAGGCGAUGAAGGGCACUGGUUUCCCCAUGGAGGUCAAGGACUUAACGCGUCGCGUGCGCACCGUUCUCAUGGCCACUGCCCAAAUGCAGGCACAUCAUAUGGAUCCGGAAAGAUUGCUGGAACUACAGUAUUCCCUGGCCAAUUCGUAUGCCUCAACGCCAGAACUGCGACACACUUGGCUGGUGACGAUGGCCCGAAAUCACGAGCAGAAUGGUAAUCUCUCAGAGGCUGCCUGCUGUCAUCUUCAUAUUGCUGCUUUGAUGUGUGAAUAUCUCCGCUUGCGAGGUGGCUGCACACUCAGUUGGUCAUCCACUGCGUUCAAGAAGAUAUCGAGGAAUAUUCCUCUGGAUGAGCAGGGUCUCAAGCUAGAUGCUGGUGCUCAGGACUCCCAGUACACAGAACAAAUGCUCCUGGAGCAGCUGAAACAGUGUGCCGAUUUCUUGGACCGCGCUGAAAGAUUCGAGUGCCUCGGCGAGCUCUACAAGCUCAUCCUGCCCAUGUACGAAAGGGAUAGGAGUUUCCUCGACCUGGCCCACUGCUACGAACAUCUCACUCAAGCCUACAACAAAAUCGUGGAGGUCAAUCGUUCCGGAAAGCGAAUGCUGGGGCGCUUCUACAGAGUCGUCUUUUAUGGAAUGAUGUACUUUGAAGAGGAUCAUGCCGUCGAGUAUGUCUACAAGGAGCCCAAACUGACUUCGCUAAGCGAAAUCUCUGAGCGCCUGGCCAAACAGUACAAGGAGAAGUUUGGAGCCGAUGUGGUCAAGAUGAUCAUGGAUUCGUCACCGGUUAAGGUGGACGAUUUGGAUGCCAAGCUAGCCUACAUUCAGGUCACCCAUGUGAUUCCAUUCUUCUCCAAGGACGAACUCGACCAGCGGCUCAACGAAUUCGAGCAGAAUCAUGAUGUGGACACGUUUAUGUACGAAACGCCGUUCACUAAAUCGGGAGCAGCCCGUGGCAACGUCGAAGAGCAAUGGAAACGCAAAACGGUUAUAAAAACCCAAUACUCUUUUCCCUAUGUUCUCAAACGUAUACCGGUGAAAUCGCGCGAAAUCAUCGAACUGAGUCCCAUCGAGGUGGCCAUCGAUGAGAUGCAAUCCAAGGUUUCAGAGCUGGAGGAGAUCAUCCUCCCGCCAGCGGAUGUCAAGAAGUUGCAGCUGCGUCUGCAGGGAAGUGUGGCUGUGACGGUCAAUGCUGGUCCUUUGGCCUAUGCUCAUGCCUUCCUCGAUGCCAAGGUGGUCAAUAACUUCUCAAUGGAUCGCGUCGCAGAUCUUAAGGAUGUCUUUCGCGAUUUCAUUGUGGUCUGUCAGAAGGCUUUGUUCCUGAACGAACGAAUCAUUAGCGCGGACCAAAAGGAGUACCAUCACGUGCUGAAGGAGAACUACGAGAAGCUGUGCCAGGCGCUCAGUGAGUUGCUCGACGACGAGUCCUUCCAGCCGCUUGGUGACGAUGCCGACAGCAUAAACCAGCGCAACAGCAUGGCUUUGUUCAAUGCGAUCAGUGGCGCCUCCCAUAACUCAAGUACUGCUUAAGUCCAACAAAAUCAUUAUAAUGAUACCAAAAUUCAGAAACUCAGUCACCCACACGCACAGCUAACCAGAAAACAGAUCGAAUGUUGAUGUAUUCAAUUAACACGAGCCUGCGGCGCAGGCGUAGCGAUCGUAAUGAGUAGUCAUAACAUUGGUGUUCCUUUGUUUGAUGUUGUCGUUGAAUUUGAAAUUGAAAUUGAAUUUGAAAUUGAAAUUGAAAUUGUCUUGCGGCAGGUAAAGCUCGAUUUUGGGCUUAACGGUUUGUGACUUGGCUAAGAGGGAAAAUGCGCAUGUGACUAACACCACAAAAACCCAAAAUUGGUGGCUAACAAUCCAAUCCAAAACUAACCGCAAGCGCUUGCCUAAUGGCAAAAUCUGGCAAAUCUAACUAUACGUUCUGUGAACCCAACUACCCAAUGCUUCUCCAUUUCUGUAUUAACGAGUUUGUAAUUCUCCCUUUUUAGGACCGUAUUUUGUUGAGCAAAAUACCAGCAACAACACCCACCACCACCACAGUUCCACAUAAAUACACAGAACUACUCCACACACCAUCCAUAACCGAUAACCGAAUCAUAUAUAUUCUGUUCUAAACGACAGUUCCAAAAGAUCCAGUUUACCGAAAUCACUUGUUAAUUUCUAUGACUAAGCUUAAGUGACUAAGUUCAUAAAUUCCCUAUUGAUUGUUGUUAGAUUUUUAUGUUAAACCAUUUGAUUAAUUUGUAUUUCACAUUUUACACCUAUUGUAUGUAUAAUUUUUUAAAGCAUGCCUGAAAAUGGACGGAUCCCGAAACUAGUUGUUAAUUUUUAGUUUAAGCUUGUAUAUUAUUGUUUUGACUUUAAUUUGCUAGAUAUUGGUGAAUCUUUAAUUUGAUUUUAUUAGGAUAUCGGAUAAUGAUGCACACUAUGCAACCUGUACCAGUUACUUUAUUAGAUCAAAUCUGCUAACUUUGUGUCUUCUUCAAAACUCGAAAUGGCUAAAAAAAAAAAAUCGUUUAAUAAUUUAAUUAUUCCUAAACGUAAAUGAAAUUAGUUUUAGUGGUAACAAACUAGGCAAAUAAGUUCCCGCAAGCAACAGAACUUACCAAAGUAUUCAGAUAAAGGAAAAACCUAUUAAACAGAUCCACGGAUAUAUAUUUACAUACAUGCAUUUUCUAGUGAAAUCGUAUAAUGAACUAAAUACAAAUAUAUGCAUUAAAUGUUUAAA